AUGGCGACGUCGUCCGCCUCCGAGGGCAUCAGGCUCGGCCUGAACGAGCUCGCGCAGAAGCUCGGGCACGAUAUCCUCGACGUCCGCGUCCGCGCGCUGCAAUCGCUGCAGUUCAAGCUCGAGAACGAGCUCCUGUCCUUCGACGACGUCGCCGUGCACGAGCCGACCUUGCGCGCGAUGCUCGAGAUGUUCAACUUCGCGGACACCGGGAUGCGCGAGGCGGAGACCGUCGCGAUGUUCUCGCGGAUCAUCGCGGAGCGACCCAUCGCGGUGAAGACGCUCCGCGGCCUCGGCGCGAUGCGGUUCUUCGCCGAGCUCGCGGACAACAGCGGCAAGCACGUCCGACCGGAGAUCGACGCGCUGAUGAAGACGAUGGAAUCCACGGACGUGGACGCCGCGUUGAAGGCGGCCGCGGAGAAUACGACAGAGAAGGCGAAGUCCUACGCCGCCGCCGCCGCCGCCGCCGCCGCGACGACGACGGCGGCGGACGAGGAGGACGAAGAAGAAGAAGAAGACGACGAAGACGACGACGAAGACGCGGCCGCGGGCGACGCCCCCGAGACCGCGUCCGUGCGCGCGUCCGUGCGCUCCGCCUACGCCACGGACUUCAAACGCGACGCGCCGCCGACGUUGACGAACGAGACGCGCGACGCGUUUCUGCGCGACCCGCGACUGGCGGCGUCCUACUGGCGCAUCGCGCGCGAGCACCGCGGCGCCGCCGCCGACGACGUCCCACAAGACUCCGCGCGCCGCAAGGCUGCGAUUCAGGCGCUGAUCGACCGCGAAAUCGGUCUCGAGGCGUCGACGUUCGUCGACCCCGCGGCGGAGGGUGGCGAGCUCUUCCUCGAGCGCGUUUUAAUCGCGCCGUCGGACCAAGCCAGGGUGUUUGAACUCGGCGUCAAGCUGACGUACGCGACGGACUCUCCCGCGUUGCUCGCCGCGCUGACGGAGAUGCGCGAGGCGGUCAUCGCGGACCUGCCGAUCCAAGCGCUGCUGCAGGAUAAGACGACCGCGGUCGAGGCGGUCGUCGGCCUCGCGCGCGGGUUCGACGGGAUUCCAAUCGACGAGAAGGGCGGCGUCGCCGCGGGCGCGGUUCGAACCGCCGCUCUCGCGACGCUGCGCACAUUCGCCAAGGCGAUCAAGGCGGCGAUCGGGCACGCCGCGGACGGUGCGCACCGCGCGCACCCGCCGAGGUACGACGACGAGUUCCCUGCGUUUCACGUGACGUCGCGCGCGGCGCUGUCGUAUCCGCCGCCGCCGGGGGGACUCGCGCAAGCCGCCGGCGUCGAGGUGGACGCCGACGGGAAGCGCGUCGGGAAGGGCGACGACGCGGACGCGGAGGCGAAGAUCGUCGCCGCGCUGAGCGAGAAGGCGGCGCCGGUGGCGACGCUGCCGACCGCGCACCUGAUCGCGCAGUCGGUGAUUCCGCUCAUCUCGUCGCCGGAUGUCGCGGGGGACGCGUUGCUCGCGCUGGAAGAAUUUCUCCCGCUGCUCGAGCUCACCAGGGUGGAUCUCGGGGAGGGUGGGAAAACGCUCCCGCCGCGGACGUUUUCCUCCGUCGCCGCGCGGCUCGCCGCGUACGCCAACUCCAUGGAGGCUGCGCUCGGCAGAGCCGCCGCAUCAGUGUCCAUCAACGGCGAGGACGAGCUGCUCCCCACGGGCGAGUGCCCGGCGUUUUUCCCCGCGCUCGCGCUCGUCGCGGUCAUGAUCACCGCCGCGGGAUCGGAGGCCGCGGGCUUGCUCGGGGGCAACGCCGGUGGGGUCCCGAAACGCCUCACGAAACGCCUCGAGACCGCCGCGAUCGACGAGCUCCUCGCCGCCGCGGUCCCGGGGCUUCGCCGCGCCGCGCUCUCCGCGCUCCAGACGCUCGGCGUCGGCGAACCGUCGCUCGAGUGCGCCGCCGCGGAAGCCGCGGAGAGCGGCCUCGCCGCGUCCGCGACGGCGGCGCGAGACGACGGCACCGCCGCCGCGGCGAGGACGCCGCACGACGCGGCGCGGCUCGCGUUCGAGGCGAUGCCCGCGCUGUGUUACGUCGACCCGGAGGAGGCGGAGGCGCUCGGCGCGAGGUUGGUGGCCACCGCGCUCACCGCCGCCGCGAGCGCCAAGAUGGCGUUUCAGGCGCGUUCUAUACACUGGUCCCCAUACGACCGCGUCGGCGUGGUGAACGCCGAUCCUUAA